AUGAACAUCAUCCACGUGUUGCUGCACGCUGUCUGCUGGUGUUGCACCUGGGCAAGCUUCGGCGACGACCGACGACGACCCUCCAACGACGAGUCCUCGCCCUCGUCGCCUUCGUCAUCCGCACUCGGCAGCAACGUUGGACUUGACGCUCGAUUCGACAAGGGUCAACAAUGGGAUCACUACAGUCCAGACUACGAAACACUGCAACGGAAAAUGGCGUUGAUGAUGUCCAAGCAUGCUCUUCAGAUCUACGAACAGGACUCGAAAGUGGAUUCCAUUUUGUUGAAGGUCGAGGAUCUUCUAAAGCAGAGGAUUAAAGUCGAACAACAGACCGUCACCGCGAAAGCCACACCGCCGACCUCGACCCUCUCCGCCGUCACGGAAUCUGUAAGUAGCAGCCUUGUAUGCCAAUUCGUUUUCUCUUUCAAGCGGUUAAACAUGAAUUUCUUGAUGCAUGUGCACAAUCUGUUGCAGCUUCGUUUUGGGCGUUUGUAG